GCAAGUUGUGGCGCGUAAUCAACAGCAGGUCGAAACAAGUUCGCCGUCAGACGCGACAAAAAAGUUUUUACUUUCGCGAACUUUGUCAGCCGCGCUAAUCAACCCGCGACGGACCCACAUGAAGCAGGCGACGCUUCUCAAAGCUUGGCAUCCGAAAGGUUCCGCUGCGUCCGGGGUUCCGAAACCGAAGGACAAACCGCCGGACGACAUGGUCGAGCUGAGCGACGAGGAUGACGAGUUCUUGGUGCAAGCGAUGGACGAAACUCUCGCCGGUAACUCGACGUCCGCUUUUCGGGACGGCUCCUGUUCGAUGCAGAAGCCGCUCGAACAGCUCGAAGGGUUCGACGUCGUUGCCGGCCAGACUUGGGUCUACCCGACCAACUAUCCCGUGCGAAGUUAUCAGUUCAACAUCGUGCAGUCGGCCUUAUUCAAGAACACAAUGGUCAUCCUCCCCACUGGUUUGGGAAAGACUUUCAUAGCGGCUGUGGUCAUGUACAACUUUUACCGCUGGUACCCCACAGGCAAGAUCGUUUUCAUGGCGCCUACCAGGCCGCUCGUUGCUCAACAAAUCGAGGCGUGUUACAACAUAAUGGGCAUACCGUUGGAAGACACAAUGGAAAUGACAGGAACGGUGCCCGCUGGUCAGAGAGCUGAGGGGUGGCGGCAAAGACGGGUGUUCUUCCUAACCCCACAAGUGAUGAUGAACGACCUGCUGCGCAACGCCCUAAGACCGCACGACGUGAGGUGUUUGGUGAUCGAUGAAGCCCACAAAGCACUGGGCAGCUACUCCUACUGUCAGGUUGUGAAAGAAAUUAUUAAGGACAACAACCAGUUUAGGAUUCUUGCUUUGAGUGCUACACCAGGAACAGACGUAAAGGCUGUCCGCAAUGUCCUGGCAAACCUGAUGAUCUCCCACGUGGAGCUGAGGACAGAGGACUCCCUCGACAUCCAGGCAUUUACGCAGAAGAGGACAAUCGAGAUAGUGGUGCCUCUUGGGGAGGAAAUCGGUGAACUGAAGAACAAGUUCCUCGGGGUGAUCCGCAUGUACCUCGACCGACUGGACAGGGCCGGGGCCAUACCUCGGGUGAACCCCGAGUCUCUGGGGAAGUACCGCAUGCUGCUACUCAAGGAGGCUUUCCAGCAGAACCCGCCCAGUCGUCUGAGCUCCCGCGAGGUGGGCCAGCUGCAGGGGUACUUCUCCCUGCUCAUCAGCCUGUACCACGCGUACGAGCUACUGCUGGCUCACGGCAUGCAGCCGUUCUUCUACUUCCUCAAGGGCAUCGUGGAUGGUGAGAAGAGUCAGCCGCGUGUCCGCUACGAGCUGAUGCACAACGGCGAUUUCGAAGACCUCUACAAGCACCUGGAACAGCGCCUGGGGGUCUCUGAGGCUUCGGCCAAUGACACCCUCCACCCGACCGCCGCCGCCGCUGCAUCCUCGUUGUACGAGAAUGCUUUCUCGCAGAACACCCUUUCUGACGCUGCAAGCCGGGCAGCACAUAUCGUGGGUCACCCCAAGCUGGCAAAACUCGAGGAAAUCAUCCUGGAGCAUUUCAGAAACUUUGCGGGCAAUGGUGGAGGCACCCGUGUGAUGGUCUUCUCCCAGUACCGGGACAGUGUGAAAGAGAUCACGGCGCAGCUGAACCGGCACCAGUCGUUGGUCAAGGCCAUGAACUUUGUCGGCCAGCGAGCCGGCACAGCCAAGGGUUUCAGCCAGAAGGAGCAGCUCCUGGUUGUGAAAAAGUUCCGUGAGGGCGGCUACAACGUCCUGGUGUCGACGUGCGUUGGGGAGGAAGGUCUGGACAUCGGCGAGAUCGAUCUGAUUGUCUGCUUUGAUGCGCCCAAGAGCCCCAUUCGGCUGGUGCAGCGCAUGGGUCGUACGGGAAGGAAGCGCGAAGGGCGCAUCGUUGUGUUGCUAACCGAGGGCAAGGAAGAACAGGCCUACAAAGAAAGCAACUACAAGAAGCAGAACAUCCACCGUGCCAUCACCAGCGGAAGGCAGUUGGGCAACCUGUAUGAAGCCAGCCCCAGGAUGGUUCCGCGUGGCAUCAAUCCCGUCUGCCAUCGAAUGCACAUGACCGUGCCUGAAUACAGGAGUGCCAAGAAUGCAGCAACCUCUGGCAGAGGAACGCGCUCCAUUCUGAACUUCAUUACUGGCAAGCAACAAAAGAAGUCAAGUGCAGCGCUAAACAAACAGGAAGAACUCUACUACGAGGCUCACUACGAGGUGGCUCCAUCCACUGUCCCACUGCUGCCACCCGCUCCCGCGCGUUUUCUGAGCCUGCAGAAGUUUCAGGCAAAACAUAAAGAGACCGAAACAGUGAACAACUGUAAUAGGCCAAGACUGUCCUUGUCAAGCUGGACACCGUGGCAGUGCGAAGAGCAGCGAACUCAGUACGUGGCUCACUCGAGCAAGACGAAGCUGUACGUCGAGGUGAUGCGCUUCAUCGAGAACACACGUUUUGCCGACGAAGAACUCGACGCAUACAGCCUCGAACUGAAGCCCUUUCUCCAGAUGGAGUACGUUCUUUCAUCGGACGAAUGCCUUUCGCCCGAUCCCAAUUUAGUUGGUGCAGGCAGCAAAGACAGCAGCACGGGCAAAAAAGGUCCAAGAAAGAAGCUUACCAAGAAGGCUGACAGACGGGUUGUUGCAGACGACGUAAAGGAAGAGACGGACGAGAAAAAUUGCAAGGGUCCCAACAACAUGGCUUUAUCUGUGGUGAAACAGGAGGGACCUGAAGAUGCGGACAAGGUUGUGAAGAAGAAGAAGAGACGAGUCAUCACCGACUUCUUCCAGGACAAGUCGCAGUCACACGAUUCGUCGUCGUGCAUUUCGUUCGAAACUGACCUCUGCGAGAGGGUUGAAGAGAUGGAUUGUCAAGAAAAUGUAAAGGCAGAGGAAGAGUGCGUAGUGCUCGUUUCUUCGGGAACGCACGAUGUUGACAUGGAGAAUAGGGGAAACGCUGACCCAGCCGACUCAAGAGAAAAAGAGUUGGAGCCAGAUCUAGUUGAAGUUGAAAUUCAGACGCCACCGAGGCUGGACGUUGACGUGUUUCCCAGUCCGGGUCACGCGCUGCCGCCUGUUGAUGUAGCGAAAGUGGUGUUUGGACACGGCCAGGCGACUGACGACAAAACUGCAAAUAAGCUUGUUAUUGAUGUGACACAUGAUAGCAUGGAUAGCAGGGGUUGUGGAGGUGGGGCACCUGACAUGGAAUGUCAAAAGUCAGGGACCAGAACAAGGAGUUGUGAAAUGAAGUUUUCGAAACUGGAAGUUGAUAGCGACAUUGAAGAUUUUCUUGACGACGAAUGCUUCAAAGACGAAAAGGGCCUUAGUGGCGAUGACCACAGCAUUCAUGAGCAGCCUUCAAGUACUACUGAAAAGGCAUUACUAGAAGUUGACAAGGUGCACUCAAAGGUUGGUGAGAAGCAGACAGAAGCGUCAAGCCAAGCUGCUGUGGAAGCUUGGGACCUCAUUGGAGAUGUCAACAUGGACAGCUUCUGCAAUGAGCUGUUUAACUCUGACGCAGAUAUCCUUAGGGACAAUGUGUGUACAAAGGUGGAUGACAAGAAGAAGCCAGUCCCUAAACCGCCUGUGAUAUCGACUCGGGAUCCAACCUUGCUUUCGGAGUUGGGCAUACAUUCUGAAGAUUUGUUCGACACAAAGUGGGACCAGACAGCAGACAACACUGAUGCAUUGAAGCCCGGUGAUAAAGGAGCCAGGGCCUCUAGUCCGAUCAUAAUUUCGUCACAAAGGCUCGCACCACCCUCCCACUCCACACCAUCCCGAACAGUUCCAACAGGAAGCUUUGUCAACGCAGCAGUGUCUCCGAGGGAUCUGGAUAACGGUCCCGGUGGCAUUUGUGUGCCAUCCCCCAUUAGACGUGCUGUACCGGAGUGCAUGGAGAAUAGUGACUGGAACCUUCACAGUGAUAGUGACAUGGAGCUCUUCGAGAACGCUUCCGAUGGUCACGUUUCUGAUCAAAGCAUCAACUCCGGUGGGGAGGAAGGGUGUGACAACAUGGGAAUCACUGAGCUCUGCAACUUUAUCGAGGAGAACUCCGUUGUGGAAGAGGCACGAGACGAUCCUGUUUCUCGUCGCAGCCUGCUUGCGCAGAAGGUUUCCGGUUCUCCAACUGAAAAUGUGGAAACGAUAAAGCUUAUCGUUUCCUGCAAUGGCCCUCAGGAAACUGCGUCUUCCUCUGUAAACUUGAACAAUCGUUCCACUGUUGGGAACAAGCAGAGCAGUGGUGGAAAGAGCCUGUCGAUCAAACAGCUCUCGAAUUCUUGCAGAAGGGACUUGAAAGCGGAGAAGUCAUUCAAGGAGAGUUCUUCACGAUCAAUGGAAGUUGAAAGCAAGAGCAUUGCAAAAGUAGCCAAGGAUCCACUUUCAUUGCACACGAGUUCUGUUCGAGACCAGAGUACUGCCGCCAAGAGCUUGUCAGCCAUCCAGCAGGAUCCCGAUCAAAACCAAUCGUCCGCUUCAAAACGUCCUUCCUUUGAGAUCACCGUCGACUGGAGCGAUUUCGAUUCCAGCAGUGGCUCCGACGAACCUGUGGCAACGGCCAAGCCCUCAACGCAGUUGCAGAAGGGCAGAGCGUCACUCUCGUCGACCUUUGGUGCAGGUGGUAUGACGCAGUCUCGAAAUGUUCCCGUGGCUAUGGUCAAGCCCAUCAUGUGCAGCACAGCAACCAAGACCGUAGAUGUUAUCAGCUCUGGUGAUGACAGCCCAGUUCAAGUGAGAAGACGACCGUGUCAAAAGCGAAUUUUGUCCCAGUCGUCAACUGAGUCUGAAUCAUCGCCAAUUGCUAUGCGGAGACCUUCGGCCAGGUGCUUGGACGACAGUGACGACGACUUUCAAGCACUCACCUGCAGGAAGCAGCAGCAAACGCAGAAAAGGAGGCUGCAGAAAGUUAUCAAUAAAAAGGUUCCAGAAAAUGGUGCUGCUACACGGAAGAAGCCGCAGCAGAGCUCAAGGAAGAAGAGCAACUUCAUUGAACACGAAGCAGAUGUCUCGGCAGACAUAGUCAAUUCGUCCGACGAGUCGGAGAACAGCAGCCUUGAUCAUUUGGAUGAAAGCUUCAUCGAUGACCAGACUCAAGUGCCGAACAAGACCCUCUACCUCCAGACAGUUCGCAGCCCAGUAAAUCCUGCCAAGUUCAAAAUAGGCCACUCAAAUCAUGUUCGAUACUCUGAGGUGUUUUCGCAAGCCGUGUCCCAAGAUGAAGCCGACUACGAGCGAGACAGCUUUUGCGUGGGUAGUGAUGACUCCUCGGCCUUGCAUCGACUGAGUUCCUCAGCAUCUGACCAGCUCGAAGAAGAAGAAUCACCUGUGCGCAGCCGUGCGAAGACGAGGCAGCGCAAAAGGAGAAUUCAAAUAUCGUCUACCAGUGAAGAGGAAUCAUGCCGCACUAAAUACAUCUCGAAAAGCCAGAAAAUCGAGGUCGAUGACAGUCCGGUCAGCAGAAAACACCGAGGCGAGGAACUUGCCAAGCCAGCUUCGGAAGUUUUCAGGUGCGUCGCUGCCGCAACCGAGGUUUCAGGCUGCGCGUUAGCCAGUCUUCCAGGAAGCCUAACGUCUGCGUUGACGCCAGGAUCGGAAACCUCCCGAGUGUUGUCGAGGGAAGAGCGGCUUCGGCUUCAAAAAAUAAGGCAGGAAGAAUUUCGCAGGACGCAUAUGGCCAGUCUUCACAACAAAAGAAGCCUUUCGACAGACGUCUGUCAGUCGCCUAUAGAAGCCCAGGUUCAAAUCGACGAGACUAUCACAAUUAUAGUGGACACCAGAGAGAUAGCAUCAGGAACGGCCCUCGUGUCUGCGUUGCGUGCCUUCAAAGGCAUACAAGUGGAGGUCUUCUCCCUCGCGGCUGGAAGCCUUGUAGUGGGAAGGAGGUGCUGCAUACUGCGAAAGGCCCUGGCCGACUUUGGCAAUCCCCAGAACAACUCCCGCCUCGUGGCCGAAGUGAGGCACCUGUUCGAGCUGUACGACCGACCGUGCCUCAUCCUUGAGCGGCCACAGAGGGUCAAGCCUGGCGAACGACCAUUCAAGAGGACGAAGUACUUUGACAACAUGUUGAUGUUCCUGAACUCUACGCAUGCCAAGGUGUUCUUUUCGGAUUCUCAAGCAAACACGGCCGAAGUAGUUGUCGCCCUCGCCAAGAAAGAGUCCCAGAAGGGCAUGGCGCUUGCAUCACCCAAAUGCCUUCAGGGCAAGAAUCCCGUCGUGCAAUUCUACCUUGCAUUUCCGAAGGUCAGCUUGGCUACAGCAAUCAGCUUAACCACCGCAUAUCCCUCUGUGCGGAGUCUCGUGAAAAGUUCGGUGGAGGAGCUUCAAGAGCGAAUCAAAAUAUCCGAAAGCCGUGCCAAAGACAUUCUUGACUUUUGUAAAGCCUCCGCUAUCGUUUGAUUGGGAAGCCCAGGACGUUUUGUCUGCCAUAUACUGUACCAUAAAGAUUUUUUGUACUGCUUUAAUAUGCAUGUGUGUGUGUGUGUGUGUCGCCUUCAAAAUGACAUCUUGUAAAUUAAGACUGCUUUAUGUAACAUCCCACUUCACUUCUUUCAAUUUUCUGAGUUGGGAGAGCAUUCUGGAAGUUGAAAUAAAUGUGAUGUGCUUCAGGACUCGCAGAAGCCCGAAUGCGGCUCGCACGUUUAGUUUCGUAAGUGACUGAUGUGACUUUUUGACCAGCAUUACGCUUGGAACAGUUUCUAAUCAUGCAAAAUGUGAUACAACAGAUGAGUGACACUGUUUUACAGUACGAAGCCAGUAGUAUAGUUGAAGGUUUGUAGAAUGUAGCAAGGGCCUUAUGCUGCCAAAAGCCUAUGUAUCAAUUAUUCAUGCUAUACAGCACCCAGGAAAGAGCACAAUUUUAUUUUCUUUAAGUGUUACUGUUUUUAUACUUUGUAAAUAAACCAAUUAUAUGCUCAAAAUGUUAUCGUGCAGUCAGUGAGACUGAUGUCACCAUGUUGGCAAUAGCGGUAAUUGAAAUAAAACGGAAUAAGGUAACUCAGGAUAUCUGUGAUGUCUUGUAGUUCCCAUCUUGAUUUCUGAUGCAAUAAAAUGUUGUCCCCGUAACAACA